CAAAGCAACACUUUGCGUCCGGGAAACAAGGAUUUUGACCUUUUGAUCUGUCACCGUCCUUGUCCGGCCAAUGAUUGACUAAUGGACGAGUCGUCCUGUUUGUCCUCCCAACGCACCCAAAGGAGCUCAUCAAUAUAACAGGAGGUUCGUCUGAGAGUUAGUCGACUAUGAGCUGCUAGUUUCGGGGUCUCACCAUGGACCUGUACACAGCAGCUCUGCUCCUGGGAGCCCUGACCUGCACCGUGAGUGGUACAGAGACCGAGGUGAGCGGCUACGCCAAAACGGAAGGGGCGUGGAUCCUCUCGUUGAACAAGCGACAGUACACAGUUAACACUUUGGCUGAAUGUGCCACCAAAUGUGACGGUGAAACCACCUUCACCUGCAAGUCCUUCAUGUACGUUGAAAAGGACCAAGAGUGUUGGACGGCAACGGCGAACUCCAAAUCAGAGACGAUCCUGCGUAGAAGCAGUGCAGCUUUAUUUGAAAAACAAGAAUACCUCCUGGAGUGUGUAAAUGGACUGGGAACAGAUUACAGAGGAACAAAGUCCAGAUCAAAGUCAGGAAAGACAUGUCAGAGAUGGGAUGCGAAAUUCCCACAUAGGCCAAAUAUGACACCAGAUUCUCACCCGCUAGCAGAUCUGGACUCUAACUUCUGCAGAAACCCUGAUGGAGACAGCGGGGGACCCUGGUGUUACACCACCGACCCCAACACCCGGUGGGAGCACUGUAACGUAGCCAGCUGCACUGAGGAGUGUAUUCACUGCAGUGGUGAGAACUACAGAGGAAAAAUCUCCACCACUGAAAACGGCUUCACUUGCCAGCGCUGGGACUCCCAGGCACCUCACAACCACGGAUACUUCCCCAGCGCCCUCCCAGAAAAGUAUCUUGAAGAGAAUUACUGCAGAAACCCUGAUGGAGACCCCCAACCCUGGUGCUUCACCACCAGUCCAUCCAAGAAGUGGGACUUCUGCUCCAUCCCCCGCUGCACCUCUGAGCCUCCCACCAUUGUGCCGGAGCUGACCUGUGCCACAGGUGAGGGCGGAGCCUACCGAGGCACCGUAGCUGUGACCGUGUCCGGCAAAACCUGCCAGAGCUGGUCGGCCCAGACGCCACACAAACACAACCGCAGCCCAGAGAACUACCCCUGCAAAGGCCUGGAUAACAACUACUGUCGUAACCCUGACAACGAGAGGAUGCCCUGGUGUUACACCACCGACCCCGAGACUCGCUGGCAAUACUGCAAGGUGCCGAGCUGUGGAGACGCACCCGGACCAGACGAGCCCAUGAUCCCCCCUGAGGAGGGGGAGGACUGUUACGUGGGGGAUGGGUCGAGUUACCGUGGCGUCACAUCAGAGACCAUCAGUGGAAAGAAAUGUCAAAGCUGGCACUCCAUGAGUCCUCACAGCCACACAAAGACUCCACAGACGUACCCCACAGCGGACCUCACGAGGAAUCUUUGCAGGAACCCAGACGGAGACCGAGCUCCCUGGUGUUACACAACAGACCCUAGUGUCCGUUGGGAAUAUUGCAACUUGGAAAAAUGUCCCAUCAUUUCUUCAGGAACGCCACCACCCAAACCCGCUGUACCCCAAACCCCUUUCACCGUCACCCAGGCCCCAACGGUGAAAGACUGUAAGAUUGGAAAUGGAGGAACAUACCGAGGUUCCACCUCCGUCACUCUCCUGGGUGUGACCUGCCAGGCCUGGAGCGCUCAGAGUCCUCACCAACACAACAGCUUCACCCCACAGACCCACCCCACCAAGGGCCUGGAGGGAAAUAGCUGCAGAAACCCAGAUAACGACGUGAACGGGCCGUGGUGCUACACUACCGACAUCAACAAGAAAUGGGACUACUGUGAGAUCCCUGACUGUGCUGGACUGAACUGCGGUUCACCAUUGACCAAACCCAGGCGUUGUUUCGGUCGUAUUGUCGGAGGCUGCGUAUCUAAAGCUCACUCGUGGCCGUGGCAAAUCAGCCUCAGGACCAGCAUUUCACGAGAUCAUUUCUGUGGCGGAACUCUGAUCGACCGUCAGUGGGUCCUCACCGCUGCACACUGUCUGGAGAGGUCCAAGCGGCCUGAAGCGUACCUGAUUAUCCUGGGAAUCCACACCGAGCGAGCCAACGAGCCGUCCAAACAGGAGAGGAGGUUGCAGAAACUGGUGCUGGGACCCAACGGA